AUGGCCUUCUGGCGAUUUAUAAUCUGCGUCUUGGAGGCUGAAGGAGUAGUGAAUGUGGCUAUGGCGUGCGUCCCGUCACGCCUCUUGCGAAACGACCAGACAAAGAUCACCACUCCGCUCCCACGGGAUUGUCCGGAAUCUAACAAGCACAGUAGACACACAGCUUACGAGUACCAGCGUGAGCUACUAACCAAUCUGCGCACGUACAUUCGUGCUGAGCUGCCCAACAUUUCCACUGACUAUACCUACAACAAUAUCUCACGACAGAGCUAUUCGGAUACCUUCUGCACCCAGACAUACCUCCAGAACGCGAAUCUCAAAAUUUCAGAUAUUGCUACAGGAACCGGAAUCGUUCUUACCGAUUUAAGUCGUCGUCUUCCGCCGUCAGUCCGGCUCGACGCGUCUGACUCAUCAUUAGACGCCUUUCCGCCCAAAGAGCUACUUCCUCGCAAUAUUGGCCUGCCUGCACAGAUGGGAUAUGAAAACAGUUUUCCUGCACGAGUUGGAUGUGUUUCCGAUAUUGUUCAUGUCCGCAACGUAGUGUCUGUGUUAUGGGAUGAGGAGAUCGUAGCCAUUGUCAGCAAACUGUUCAGAAUCCUUAGUAUGAUCGUUUAUGCGUGA